CAAACACCCGCGAUUCUACCGGACCUUCGCCGAAAAAUCGCCAGCGCAGCCAGCCGCAGGAUCAUCCGGAGUGAAGCCGUGAGGCCAAGGCGGCCAAGCAUCGACGGCACGGGCUCGACGGACGCUGCGCAGCAAGGCGCCGAUGCCGACAACCACCAAACCGACACACCAACCCAUUCGCUUUUCGCCACGGAAGCUGCCGCUGCUGCAGUCGCUGCCGCGCACCAUGGCCUUCAAGCACUCCAAGCUGCCGUCGCCGCACCCGCGCCGGCGCGGGCGGCAAAUCCAGUGUCGUCUCAACAUGCAUCACUCGCCGACGCCUCCUACCUGAUGACCGGCCCCAAUGUUGGGCAGCCGCAGCUUGCGGGCUCAAACCAGAAAGCGAAUCCGAAUCCCACCAAGGCAACGCGCUUGCGCCGCGCUUGCGAUAUGUGCAGCCAGCGCAAAGUCAAGUGCGACGAGACCCAACCAUGCCGGCCAUGUACCGACCUCGGCGUCGACUGCACCUUUAACCGGGUCGUGAAGCGACGCGGACCUCCCAACAAGCAUGCAGAGGCAGCAAAGGCGGCCAAGCAGCAGAGACUCGAACCAAACAUUAGCCCAGGCCCGCACAAUGCCGCCGAGACGCUCAUCUCCAUCUCGGGAGCCCAGGAGGCGCAGCACAUCCUCGACGCCGAGUCCAUUGCCCCGUGGCCCGUCCUGACCCUGCUCAUCGACGACUUCUUUACGUACAUCCACCCGCUUGCGCCAUUUCCCCACGAGCCGACGUUCCGCAGGUCGUUUUCUGCGCGAGAGGACCGCACGAACAGGGGAUUUCUCGCCCUGCUCGCCAGCAUGAUCGGCUGCUUGGUAGCCUCUUUCCCCAGAACUGCGCGGUUACAUCUCAAAACGCAGCAACAAAGCAUGCACAUGUACCCUAAAGCCAUUAACCUGAUCGAGCGGUGCAGGACGGUUGCCCUCGCCGCCCGCGGAGCCUCCUUCUACAGCCGCGACGACAUAACCGUCUAUGACGCGGCGACGAGCUACUUUCUCGGGCUCGCGGCUGCUUACACCAUGCAGUGGAAAGUGUGUCGGCGUUUUAUGGCCGAGUCCAUGACUUUCAUCCGAGAGCUGGGUUACCACAAGCCGCGCGACAUGGGCUCUUCCAUGUUCGGCGUCACUUACCGUGGGCCGCCGUUCAACCAUGUCGAGGACCAGCUUGGCAAGCGCAUCUUUUGGUGUUUGUUUCUGGGGCUCCGAUCCAUGUACCAGCUGGGCACACACCACAGCGACAUUGUCCUCCCGCCACCCACGCCGGGCGAGCCAUACCCUGACCUGCCCGUCGAGGUGGAUGAUCAGUACAUCUUGACCCAUCAGAUACUGGGUCAACCGGAGCACACACUCUCGCUUCUUACUGGCUUCAAUUACGGCAUCAAGAUCUACAUGACGAUGAACGGCCUUGUAAGCGUGGAGCUGUCCUACGGCAUCUCUACCCUUCCCUUUCACGAUCAGAAGGCGAUGCUGGAUGAGUCGCUGCAGGCGGUGAAACAGAUCUUAGAUGGCUUGCCGCGCGAAUUGACGAUUGACCUGGACGCCGGAUCGAGCAGCAAGCCCAGCCACAACCUCCCCAACGUCAUGCCAACCGUGGCCCAAGCCGGGGUCUUUGAUGACGCCGCCAGCGCCCUGCACUAUUAUCCCAUCCCCUACGCCCACCUUCAACCGCAGCAGCACCAACAACAACAACAACAACAGCAGCAGCAGCAGCAACAGCAGCAACAGCAACAACAACAACAACAACAACCGACGCCCGAUUUCCGCCACAAACCGGGCGCACAGCUCGAACGCCGCCGCCUUCUCCAGUACGAGAUCCAGAAAGCCAACAUCUAUGCCUCGCAGAUCUCGACUCGCUCUUACUACGUCGAGCGCAAAUCCGUCGCGGCGGCCGAGCAGGCGGACCCGGUCGACGCCAACAUGACGGCCGAGCGGGAGCUCAUCGUGCAGCACCUGCUGACGGUGCUCGCGUCGAUCCCGCAGCGCAGCAUGGAGCCCAACGGGGCCUCGCUCAUCAACAAGAUCCGCCAGGUCGCCAGCACCCUGGUCAACGACGCGCCCGAGCGCAAGGGCCCCGUCGCCGUCAAGGCCCAGGAGUCCCUCAGCAAGUUCGUCGACAUCCUCAUGCGCCUCGAGCGCAUCCCCCCCGCCGCCGGCGGCCCGGACGGCGCCGUCGUCGGCCUUGCCGCCGGCGAGGACGAGGAGCAGGAGCUCCGCACCUGGGCCGAUCUGAGGGAGCACCAGGUCCGCUUUCUGCAGGGGGGUGGGUUCAUGGGCUUGCCUUGA